UAUGGCGCAUCGAAUCCGACCCAGGCCAUCGAGGGUCUGACUAUUCACAAAGGCUUCGCUUGCACCUGGCCGGCCUGCGGGCAUCUCACUCCAAGCUGGAAGUGGCUGCGAGUUCACUUCAAUGAGGAGCACAACAUCAAAGGAGCCAAGGCCCGGGCAGACCACUGGACCAGCGUCCAUCUGCAGACCUUCUUUGCAGGGCCGAAGCGUGCGAUCCGCUACUUCUGC